AUGGGUUUCGCGAGGAUCGUAAUCUCGUGUCGGGAUUUGAAAGCUCGUGUGCUCGCGUGCCAAUACUGGUCUCAACGACACACUCUCUUCGAGGGGUAUGACGAUGGAGUCUGCCUUACCGACGAUGCCUGGUUCGGUGUCACUCCUGAGCCUCUUGCACGGCAAAUUGCUUAUGAAGUUUCCGGCGCGUCCAGUAGCAAGACCACCAUAGUCGAUCUCUUUGCUGGCGACAGGGACACCUUGGCCUGCGCUCAGAAUAACGCCAAGAUCUACGAGCUCACCGAUGAGAUCACCUGGGUCCACGGGGACAGCUUUGAGUACCUGAGACUGGCUCUCGAGGAACCUGAGAAACUUCAUGAAGCUUUGCGAAUCGACCCAGCUUCGACCAUCCUGUUCGGGUCCCCACCCUGGGGUGGCCCGGGGUACAGGACCGACGAGGUCUUCAACCUACACAAGAUGGAACCUUACAACCUCCGCCAGCUCCACCAAGCCUACAAGUCUUUCGACCAUGCCCUCUAUCUGCCGCGCACGAGCGACCUGCGGGCGAGCAAGGCCCUAGUAGCAUGGAUUCCGGCCGAAAACUCUAGCCACCCGACAUUUUAUUAUGGCGACGACUAA